CACGUGCGAUGCAAUUAUCGUCAGAUACUCCAAUUGUUCUGCAUAUUCAUCGAGUGAUUGGAAUCGUGAUAUGAAUCGAACGGUCAUUCAUGCGGAAAUGUAGGAAUUAAUCGAUCAAUGAAUUAUCACGUUGUUCUUGAACAUUUUCCAAUCAUCGGUAAUUCCAGGGUCUUUGAACUGUGGGUAUCGAUCCGGUGCGCUUCAACAUUUUGUGUCUAACAAUACGAUUUUUUUCUAUUCGAGUUAUAAUUUGACGUAUCGACUGGUCUUUUAAUUUUCAAUUUUAUCAUAAAAAUAUAUUUUUUGAAAAGAAAAGCUCCAGGAAAAACAGUCUUCAAAUGAACGUGAGAGUCUUCGGGAUAAGAUAAGCGCAAUUUUUAAAUAAAUAAUCCACUUGAAUCGAUCCUUCAACCCGUCCAGCUAUCGCGCCCGAUUGUGCAAUAGUUCGGCAUCGAUAAAAUUUUAAUUGGUAAUCAUAUUCCAUUUUAUUUAUUCGGUGCGUAAUGGAAUCGUUACAAUGUUGUGAACAAAGACAACUACAAUUUACGAUGCGCGUUUCACGUUUAUUUCGCUAUGAUUCAGGCGAAUGAAGGAAGUAAUCGCUAUGCGAUGACCGGAGGCGAUGUCUGAUCCAAGAUAUUAAGGUCUAGUGUCAUUUGAUAAUAAAUUUUCAACUAAUCAGUUUAUUUUUCGUCUCUGCAAAAUACUUGUGAACAGUUUUUUCUCGUUAUUUCGGAAAAAACGGAGGGAAUUCCUCAGUAUAAAUUACCCAAACGUUUGGUAAUUAAGAUGCGCUUCGACCGUUCGAGAAAAUUUAGUAACAUUUUUUAUGAAUAAUAAUAAUUCUGUGUUGUGAUAUUUCCGAGAUUUUAUUCCUCACUUCCAUUGAUAUUAUCGCACUGGUUUUAUCGAUUGGAAGGAAGCCGGCCGGCCUGGAAGAACGUCGACGCCAGGCGCCGGCAGAAGCUCAUACCAUUCACCCCGACGUCAAUAAACAGGAACCUCCCUUACUCCCUUAAAUUCACCCUUGUUUUCUCAUGAUGUGUCUAUUUCCUCAGUGAGUGUUGACCGAUGCAUUUUGAAAAUGAAAAAUUUCCAUGUCUCGGCGCCACUUUUUGCGCAAUUUAUUAAAUGGGUGCGGUCGUUGUUGAACGGAGGGGUGAGUACAUACAGCGGUUAAAAUAAAGGGGUGGGCCAAAACGGGGGUAAAGCCGUGGAGGGUAAUUACGAGUGCGUUUCGCUGGAGGUGGCGAAAGUAUUACUGGUAAAAAAAUUGUCUGGAUUUCCCGGACAAACUGGAAGUAUUUGAUUGAUGUGAAAAACCCACUGGAUUUUGAGUUUUUUUGGAAAGUUUGAAUAAAGUCCCGUUUUUCAACGGUAGGAUAAAAAAAUGGAUCUACAUUUUUAACUAAAAACGAGCGCUGACGGACGUAUUUGGUACUCAGUAAUGAAUUUAUUAAGAAUUCAGAGGAAUCUGGAAUUGAAAAAGGCAACGAAAUCAUUGGAAAUAAUUUCAAUCCACUCGUUCAAUGUGAAAAUUUAGAAGAGAAAUUUAUCAUCGACACUUGAUUAUGAAAAAUUACUCGAUUGUUGGGACCAACUCAUUGGGCCGUGCGAGCAAUCAUAACGGCUGGCAUCAUCACAUUCACUAUAUAUAUACAUGCAUUGCCUUUAUUGUUUACGACAGGUUCAAUUACUCGUUUGACCCGGGCAGAAUCGAGAUGAAUCGCGUGGACUCAUAAAACUACUUAAUCAUUUAAUCAAAAGGCGGAUCGAGUCGGUCUUCGCUCCAGAGUUCGUUUCAAUUUCAUUCAAUUAUCAUUACAAUUUUUACGGAAAAUUUUUUUAUUGAAGGGAAUUUUUUACAAUUAUCCAUUCACAAAUUGAAGUGCCAUCUGCUACUCGAAAAUUCCCGCUAAGAUUUAUCAUUUCCUUUUACCAGCGUUCGGUAUUUUGCUAGCGUUCGCCACCGACGGUUUCUCCUUUAUCGAUGUUAAAAUAAAACAUUCUGCACUUACUAUAGACAUGUCUAAAUACGCAGUGGCAUUGUCAUUGUCAAAGAGGUUCCGUUUUGAUUAAAAUGUAAUAAUAUCAGAGAACCGAGAAAUUUAAGUUGUCGUAUUGUCGAACCGCCAUUCGCUGGUGGAUAGUUUUGGUGAAAGUCGGGCUCUGAUUGGUCGAGUACAUGAUAAAAAGUAUUCAUGGGAAUCCCCUCAUUUAUCAAUGUUAACCGUUUCACCAGCUCCUGACGCUACCACAUCGAGUCUCCACAUAAUUUCAAAUAAUCGAAUAUUUUUCACACACAUUGGAAUUGUAAAGAGUCUUUUUGUGUAAAAAUGUCGGAAACCAGACUACAACUUAUGGGCCCAACAUCUGCUGAUUUCCUCGAAAAGUUUAUCAACACGAUUAAAAACAGAACAGAUAUGAACCUGCGGAAUUAUGAAUUUAGUGACGAAUUUAGAAGGACCCUGGACGAUAUGGCGACAACGCGGAUGCCGUUCGAAUUUUUCGAUGCGAUCGUCAAUAUAUCGAUACGUCUCGUCAGCUUCGGCGAUGAAACGUCUGAUGUCCAUGCCUUCGUUGAUGCUGUGAUGAGGGCUCUCACGGCCUUCUGGGGAUGGUUCAUCGUGAAAUUUGCAUCCAAAAUGUUCCGAUUACUGAUACUGCUCUGCCCGACACCGUUCAUGAAGUUAAUUGUGACGGUUCUCUACAUCUUGGUGGACACGUUCGGGGAACGAUUGUGGAAUGAGUACAUCCAUCCGAGAAUGCGACGGUACGUCGAGUUUGUGACGAACAAAAUUCAAGGGAGUGAUGAGACUUCUGGGUGAAUUGACGACCUGGGAACGGUGGGACUUCACUAGGAGAUUCCAUUAAAAAUUCUAUUGAAAUACUCGCUUGCGGGUCAUCCUAGAAAUCUCUCCAGAACUAAAAGAUCAUUUUCUCGCACUCGUCACGAAUUAGAAUUUCACGAGUUUUUAUGUACUAAUUUCUUUUAGUUUUCGAUAAAAAAAAAUGGAAUAAUCAAUCGGAAAAAAAUUGCACUGAGGAAGCUCAAUAGAAAAUAUUUAAAUAAAACACGAGAAUAAUUUAAUGGAAAUAAUUAGUGAAGUCGACGGAGAUCCGUUGGGGUGCCUUCAGAACCACAUGCAUCAAGGAACUCUACAUUGAUAGGGAGGAAAUGGCCGAGAGGGUCAUUUUAUUGUCAGGUGAUCCUUCUGGGGAUCGCCUAAAUCAUGUAAAAGUCUUCAUAUGCGUUUUCAAGAUUUUUUUUCAAUAAUUAUUAAUUUCAUUUUUCUCCAUAAUCAUUUUUGCACGAUUUUUUAGUUAUUUAAGAGAAUUCUUUGCAUCAUAAAAUGAGUCGCUUUUAAAAUUUUUCGGAAUGUCAAAGUGCUUUAUAAACAUUGUGAGGGAAUGUUUUAUUCCCGAUAUUCGAUUAGAAUAAAAUUUUUAAACGAUUGAAAACCUAUUUUUUAAAAUUUAUUCUCAUCUGAAAAACAUCAUUCUUUCUCGCUCCUAUUCCUUACACGACCCGGUCACAAUUCCUAACCUAAAAAAAUCAAUAUUAACUUCUAAAAAUUGAUCACAAAGCCGUAUUGCUUGUGAAAACUCAAAAAGUGUAAUAAACAUCGAUUUUAAUAAUUCGGUGCUAACUUUCCGAACUCCACUGACGAAAUAAAAUCAUAACUCAUGAAUAUUUCCAUAGUUUAAUGUGUAAACAUUUUUUUUGAUUCGAGAAAAGUGGCGAAAAUGUUCAAGAGACUUUCAAACAUUGUUCAGCCAUCGAGGAAUUUAUUCGAGAAUUUUUUUCGAAGAUCGAAGGAGUUACCAUCCAAAGAGAGGCGAAUAGUCAACAAUAAAUUCGGACAAUACGAACUCAUUGAGCCCUGGUAUCUGAGUCCUAUCAAAGAGAUCCCAUCAUCAAUCCCUAAGCCUUGUUAUUACAAGCCAUUUUCCCAGGAGAUCCCCCCUCCCAGCAUUGAAAUAAAAAAUGAUGAUCAGAUCGAAUCCAUGAGGCGCAGUUGCAAACUGGCAAAAACUGUUUUAAACUACACGAACAAAAUAAUUAAGCCUGGAAUUACAACAGACUUCCUGGACCAGCAACUCCACACCCUGAUAAUUAAUAGUGGAGCUUAUCCGAGUCCCCUCGCUUAUUACGGAUUUCCAAAGUCAAUUUGCACGAGUGUGAAUAAUGUUGCGUGUCACGGGAUACCGGACAAUCGUCCUCUGGUGGAGGGAGACAGCAUCAACGUCGACGUUUCAGUUUAUUUGAAUGGUUUUCAUGGUGACUGUGCAGCAAUGUUCACGAUUGGUGAAGUGGACGAUCAAAUGAAGAAGUUAAUAAACGUCACGGGUAAAUGUCUGUACGCUGCUAUCGACAUUUGCAGGCCUAAUGAACAAUUUUGUAACAUAGGACAUGUUAUCGAGGAAAUUGCGAAUGCCAAUGGAUUUUCUGUGAUUCCUUACUUCGCUGGGCAUGGAAUAGGAAAUUAUUUCCAUGGCCUCCCUGACAUUUUUCAUUUUGCUAAUGAUGAAGCUGGCGAGAUGCAGCCAGGGAUGACAUUUACUAUAGAGCCAGUGCUGACUCAAGGAGACAGUGAAAUUCGAGUACUUGAGGACGGAUGGACUGCAGUGACUGUUGACGGUGCCAGAACGGCACAGAUGGAACACACCGUCCUAAUCACUCAGACUGGUUGUGAAAUUCUCACUCGUUAAAAGAAUCGUUCCCUUCGUUAGAAGGCAUUUGUAUUUAUCAAUGUUUAUUUAUCAAUUAAAAAAAAUUAUUCGUGAAGAUUUGAAA